GAUUAAUGAUUAUAAUAUUAUGAUAACGAUUAACGGGCCGGGACGAAAAUACGUAAACGAUCAUAUUAUUAUUAUACAGCAGCGCCCCGACGGCCGACACGACGUACCGACCAGACUGUUGCCUGUGGAGAAGGUACUGCCGAGUAUCAGAGUAGCUGUGAUAUAAUAAUAUUGUUGUGGCGUACUGUCUGGCGAAAGUAAAAACGUUGAAACUCCCCGGCGGCGGCGGCGUUGGGCGUGCGAUUCUCGCGAAUAUAAAUAGGACGAACGGAAUAGCAAGCAGCGACACAUCGAAACAAUUUUAAUCACCAACACUGACCAAUCAAUCGGUCUUCGAAGUGCCUGUAAUUUUUUUUUUUCCACACAGAACCUAUUUAGUAUUUAUACCCAUUGUAUUUCAUUUAUUUCUAUCGUUGUCCGUGUGUGUCCGAAGUGCGUCGCCGAAAAUCAAAAUAACAACAUGUCCAAGUAUACGCCCGUGACUCAUGUCAUAUUCGACAUGGACGGUUUGCUUUUAGACACGGAAAAGGUGUACUUGUCAAGCAUUACCGAAGUAUUAAAAAACCACGGCAAGGACUACCCUAACGACUUGAGAGUCCGCGUUAUGGGCACAAUACCAAUCAACACCGCUACAAUCAUAAUAAAAGAACUGGAAAUGGACAUAAAACCAGUCGAUCUUCUUGCCGAAUUCCACGAAAAUCAGAUCGUCAAAAUGGAAAAUGUUCCGUUUUUGCCAGGAGCUGAAAGGUUAAUCGAUCAUCUACACACCAACAAUGUGCCAAUAGCUGUGGCUACAAGUAGUGGAAAAGAUACUUUCAAAGUAAAAACGGCAAACUAUCAACACAUCUUUUCAAAAUUCCAUCACAUUGUACUUGGUAGUGCGGAUUCAGAAGUAAAACAAGGAAAACCAGCUCCAGACAUAUUCCUGGUUUGUGCAUCACGGUUUGACGAUAAACCUCUACCACAAAAUUGUUUGGUAUUUGAGGACGCCCCAAAUGGAGUUACAGGUGCAAGGUCUGCUGGCAUGCAAGCCGUUAUGGUUCCAGAUAAAAUAAUUCCUAUGGAGAAGACUACUCAUGCCACUCAAGUGAUAUCUUCAUUGUUGGACUUCAAGCCUGAAGAUUUUGGACUACCUCCGUUUCCUUGACUGUCAAAUUCUAACUAUCUAUAAUAUUCAUAACAACGGUUUAAUACUAUUAUUAUUUAUUAGUAAACAAAAUAGAAAUAUUUAUAUUUAUUAUUUAAUAUAAUAUUGUGUAUUAUUUUAAAUUGAUUCAAAUUUCAAAUUGCUGACUUGUUUUUAGUGUUUGUAUAAAUCAGCUGUUUGUUAACAAUCUAGUCUUAUCUCUGUAGACUAACUGAUAUUAAUAAAUUAUUUGAUUAUUUAAUAUUA